AUGGCAGGCGGCGGUGCGGCAGCGGAGACGGUGGCGGUGGAGAACAGAGAGUGGUACAUUGCUGGUUAUGCACCAAAUGGGCUUCCGAAUUCUAAUCAUCUUAAGCUACGCACUGUAAAUUUUUCUCUAACAGAUAACUCAAUCCCAGAUGGAAAUGUUGCAAUCAAAAUUCUCUAUAUUUCGAUUGAUCCGUAUUUACGCACUCAAUUUAGUGGCCUUGGUGAUGGGCUCUCUCUUCCUCAAUUUCCAAUUAAUCAGGUGAUAAGAGCAAACGCAAUAGGGAAGGUGAUUCGUUCCAAAAAUACCAAUUUUUCAGAGGGAGAUAUAGUAACUACUUAUAUGUUUCCUGUCGCUGAAUUUUGUGUUAUGCCAAUUAAUUGGCUUCAGAAAAUUAAUCCAACCAUUGGAAUUACGUUGCCGGAUUAUCUUAGUUGCUUGGGAGUGCCUGGUUUAACUGCAUGGGUUGGCAUCGAAAAGAUAGGCAAAGUUAAAGAAGGAUCAAAUGUGUACAUAUCGGCUGCAGCUGGGGGAGUUGGAAUUAUUGCCGGUCAACUUGCCAAAUUUAAAGGUUGCCGAGUUGUUGGAAGUGUAGGUUCAGACGAAAAGGUGAAGCUGCUUAAAGAAGAAUGUGGGUAUGAUGAUGCAUUUAAUUACCGUGUAGAGACAGAUUAUGAAGCUGCAUUAAAUAAGUAUUUUCCAGAUGGGAUUGAUUUCUAUUUCGACAACGUUGGUGGUAAAAUGCUUGAGGCUGUUCUUAAUCAUGUUAACCAAGGAGCUCGUAUUUCACUUUGUGGGAUGAUAUCCGAGUACAACAAGGUUUGGACAGAGAGAGGAGGAGUUCGGAACCUAUUGAAUGUUGUGGGUAAAGAAGUUACAAUGCAAGGUUUUAUGGUUGGUUCCUACGUUAAUUAUUUUGAAGAUUUCAGAAAGGAGAUGGAAGUUUACUUGAAAGAGGGCAAAGUAAAAUCCAAGCACAAAAUCAACGAUGGAAUUGAGAGCUUUUUGGAAAGUUUAACAUCUCUAUUUUCAAGUUCUAAUGUUGGGAAAGUAAUUAUUCAAGUGACUCCAUAAACUACUUACCCCUUUCAUAUAUAUAUCCAGAGGCGGAUCCAAGAUUUUAACGCAACGGGGCACUAAUAUUCUGUUCAACUAGUAGCCUCUAAAUGCUUUUAGUGUUCAGAAUGCCAAGUUAUUUAAAUUAUCCAUUUUCAAGGUAUACGUAUAUACAUAUACAAGAUUUCUGCCGAAAUUUACAGGAUCCGAUAACUCAUCAAUGUUAUACAUAGGUCCGCUUCUGUAUGUACCGCCUUCUUUCCAUGGAAUAAACAAGCAAAAAUACUA